AUGGAGGAAAGAACACUCAUAAAUUUAAACUUACCCAUAAAAAUGAAAAAUGAAGUGAAAUUCCCCCAACCAAGAAGCUUCACAACAAUACUAAAACACCAUCUAAAAGAAACCCUAUUCCCAGACGAUCCAUUCCACCAAUUCAAAACAUCUUCAUCUUCUUCAGGAAUCAAAUCCAAAAAAGCAUUGAAAUAUUUCAUACCCAUCUUCGAUUGGUUUCCAAAUUACAACUUCAACUUAUUCAAAUACGAUCUUCUCGCCGGAAUCACCAUUGCUAGCCUCGCCAUUCCACAAGGAAUCAGCUAUGCCAAACUCGCCAACAUUCCCCCUAUCAACGGCCUAUAUUCGAGCUUUAUACCUCCUUUGGUAUAUGCAAUAUUUGGAAGUUCAAAAUACUUGGCGGUGGGAACGGUGGCGGCUUGUUCGUUGUUGAUAUCUUCGAUUAUUGGAGAGAAAGUGUCGCCAAUUGAUGAUCCAACUAUGUACCUUAAUUUGGUCUUCACGGCUACUUUCAUUGCCGGUUUGUUUCAGACCGCCAUGGGUUUUUUAAGGUUGGGGAUUUUGGUGGAUUUCUUGUCUCAUUCUACCAUUAUUGGAUUCAUGGGAGGAACGGCUACUAUUAUCAUCCUUCAACAGCUUAAGGGCGUGUUUGGAGUCACACAUUUCACUACUCAAACUGAUGUUGUUUCGGUUCUUCGUUCACUUAUCAAUCACCGAGAUGAGUGGCGAUGGGAGAGUGCCGUUGUGGGAAUAAUUUUCCUUGCUUUUCUCCAAUUUACGAAAUAUGUGAAACUAAAGAGACCGAAGUUGUUUUGGGUGUCGGCUGUGGCGCCGAUGGUUGUCGUCGUUAUUGGCUGUCUUUUCGCGUAUUUUGCUCAUGCUGAGAAACAUGGCAUUCAAACGGUAGGUCAUUUACAAAGAGGAAUAAACCCUCCCUCUUUUAAACGUUUGAAUUUCGACUCCAAAUAUAUUUCAGCUCCAAUAAAAGCUGGAAUGAUCACGGCAAUGGUGUCUCUAGCCGAAGGGAUAUCCAUUGGUAGAAGUUUUGCCAUAAUGAAGAAUGAACAAGUUGAUGGAAAUAAAGAGAUGGUUGCUUUUGGUUUUAUGAACAUUGUUGGAUCCCUUACUUCAUGUUACUUAACCACAGGCCCGUUUUCGAAGACUGCUGUGAAUUUCAAUGCGGGGUGUAAAACUGCAAUGUCAAACGUAGUAAUGUCGGUUUGCAUGUUGUUGACACUUCUAGUAUUGGCUCCUCUCUUCGGUUACACGCCUUUAGUGGCUCUAUCGGCCAUCAUUAUCUCGGCUAUGCUAGGUCUCAUUGAAUAUGACAAGGCGUAUCAUCUCUUUAAGACGGACAAAUUCGAUUUCCUAAUUUGUAUGGUUGGCUUUUUCGGUGUUUCCUUUAUUACUAUGGACAUCGGUCUAAUGCUUUCGGUGGGACUUGCUAUAGUUAGGUCACUUUUAUACGUGGCUCGACCAGCCGCAUGUAAACUCGGAAAUGUUCCGAACUCAACAUUGUAUCGAGACGUGGAACAAUAUCCAGAGGCAAAAGGAAUCCCGGGAUUCCUAAUCCUUCAAAUCGGUUCGCCUAUUUACUUUGCCAAUUGCGGUUACAUAAGGGAAAGGAUAUUGAGAUGGAUUAGAGAUGAGCAAGCUAUUAGUAACACUCAUGAAGGCCAUCUUGAGCAUAUAUUGCUGGAUUUGGGAGGAGUGACAUCUAUUGAUAUAACUGGAGUUGAGACCAUGGUAGAAAUCAACAAUACUUUGAAAGCAAAAGGGAUUAAGCUGGGCUUGGUGAACCCUAGGCUUGAGGUUCUUGAGAAAUUGAUUGUGGCCAACUUCAUUCAAGAAUUUGGAAGAGAAAAUGUAUUUUUGUCUGUUGAAGAUGCGGUUGAGUCAUAUAAAUUUGCUUUGAGGAGUGUAAAAGAACUCAAUGAUGUAUGAGAUUGAUGACAAUAAAUUGUAAUGAAAAGAUUUGAAAUAAGCUAAU